CCCAAAUCCUUGCAUCCUUUUGCAGGAGAGUGUUUUUAAGCAUCAGUAUAGUUUGUCUGGACGGUGAUAAGAACUUACUGCUGGGUAUGAAGUGCAUUGAAGUGCUGUCUGCAGGAGCAGGAAGUCUUCUGCAUCAGACCGACUGCACAGGAUCAUGUUAGUUGGGAUUAUUCUCAUACUUUACUUUGCGCCAGGUUAGUCUUUUCUGGGCAGCUACAACCAGAAGCGUUUAUUCUCCCUAAACUGUAGGAGUUUGUAAUCAGCCUUGAGACACAGAUCAUUAACUUGUAGAAGUGAUGCAAGAACAGACACAUUUACUAGAGCUACAUGCAUAGUCCUGCGGAUAACAGUGACGGAACAUUUUUUUUUUUACUGUCUGUCGUUCUUACUUCCUUCCUUCCACUUCGCCCCCUCUCUCCCCCUCUCUUAAACGUGUCGUGAACGCGCUCAGUGGGCUGUUAUUAAAUGGGCGGACUUGUAGGCGCGGUCACGUCCACAGCGGCUCGGCCGGUUUUGACGGUCACAUAAAAGUGCGCGUCCCGCCGGCCGAGCGGCUUAACUCUGCCUGUACACCCCGUGAGACCAGACCGGAUCGGACUGGACCGACGCCGGGAUCGGAACCAGAGCCGGUGACACAACAAAACCAGCUUGAAGGCGCCCGACGGGGAUCAGGGAAGCGCACGAGAACAGCGGACAUCCACUGCCGAGAUCACCUACAGUCAAAGACAGCCAUCGUCGUUACUGUUGCCUGCCUUGCGUGGGAUGCUGGCGAGUGGGAGAGCAGGAGUGGAGAUUUGAUGCCACUUGGCAACAGUAAGAGUGGCAUAGUCAAUCAUGGGGGAUUCAUUCUUCAACUGCUGUUAUAUCCCACCCCAUCCCCCAGGCGAGGGGGAGCCUCCGAGGUCCAGACGCGCAGAGAUCAUGGCCUCCCAGUCAGCUCACAUCUCCCCUGACAAGCGCUUCCUCAUCUUCUUUGACUUUGAUGAGACCAUCGUGGACGAAACCAGCGACGACAUGGUGGUGCAGGCCGCCCCGGGGCAGCACCUCCCGGACUGGCUGAAGGACACCUACCAGCCCGGCCGGUACAACGAGUACAUGCAGCGCGUACUGGCUUACCUGGCGGAGCAAGGCGUCACCGAAAGCGACAUGCGCAACGUCAUGGAGAAGCUACCGGCCACCCCCGGCAUGCUCACCCUAUUCCAGUAUCUCCGCACCCGGCCCCAGCAUGACUUUGAGGUGGUGCUGGUGUCAGACGCCAACACCUUCUUCAUCGAGUCCUGGCUCCGUCGCGCCGGGGCCCGUCAGCUCUUCCACCGUAUCUUCUCCAACCCGGCCACCUUUAACAGAGACGGCCGGCUGGUGAUGAAGCCCUUCCACUCCCACGACUGCCAGCGGUGCCCGGACAACAUGUGCAAGCAGGUGGUCGUCAGGAACUAUGUGACCAGCAGGACGCAGGAGAGGGGCCGUCCGUACCAGAGGGUCUUCUACGUCGGGGACGGAGCCAACGACUUCUGCCCGGCGCUCUCCCUCGGAACCCGGGACGUGCUUUUCCCGCGGCGGGACUUCCCAAUGCACCGGCUGAUCACGGAGACCCACGAAGCCAUGCCCGGGGAGAUCAAGGCCGUCACGGUCCCGUGGGAAAGCGCGGAGGAAGUGGUGCAGCGGCUGAGGAAGCUGGUGGCAGAGUAGAGAGAGAGUGAAGGGACAAUAGAGACGAUUAACGGGCCAGUUGACACUUUUAGUCAUAUUCUCAGGUAAAAUCGUCCCAGAAACUAACGUUCAAGGCAAUAAAAUCAUUUGUACUGUCAGUGAAAAUAAACUGUGUCUGUCUGGCGUGCAGCCAGCACGUGCCUCAGUCCAGCUUGUCACGUUUUGCUCCAAAGGCCAGGCUCAGUUCAACAUCAGCAGGUUAAUGAUUAUGGAGAGCUGCCACUGUCGCCCAAAGAGAGGAAAUCAAUAACAAAUGCCGUGCUUAUUUAAAUAUAUAUAUAAGUGAGAUUAUAACAUUAAAAUUUGAGGGCAUUUGCAUAUACGUGUGUCUGUAUCUGUGAGUACUUUAAUAGCAAUAUUUAAAAAUGUUAUGUCAACCAAGUGACUGGUUGCUCCUGAUUAACAAUUAUAAGUGUGUUUUCUUACAAGCUGCACUUUUUUAUAUGAAAUAUUAAAUUAUAGUCUCAAUAAAUGUAAUCAGGGUCUCACUGCCAUCUGAUAGCAAUGGGCUUUUCCACAGAUUUUUAUCACCUUGCUUCUCAGAGCAUAUCUAAGUCAGAAAUGUAUAACUAUAUGACUAUGACUGUGUUUGUUUGUUUGAUUUGUAUAUCAGUCUGUUGUGUCUUUACUGUGUAGGCCAGGCCUACUGAAGAAAAUAUGAACACCAGCAGGAAUAAAGCCAUCAACUGAAACUCUGCCUGUGUUUGAAUUUAUAAUCAAAACUCAUCAGUGUAUACAUGGAAUAAUUCAUAACAAUCUCCCUG